AUGGCUGCUGCCAGCUCCAGCAGGGCCAGGGCUGGGCUGCCCUGCGAGAAAUCCCAGCUCUCUAUAAAAGUGGUGUCGGUGAAGCCCAAGGCGCACGGCCGCUCCUCGCGGAUGAGCUGCUACGUGGAGGUGGUGGGCGAUGGGCUGCCCAGUGAGACCAGGAAGACAGGGAAGCAGAUUGGGAGCUCUGAGCUGCUGUGGAACGAGGUCCUCAUCCUGAACGUCACGGCUCAGAGCCACCUGGACCUGAAGGUGUGGAGCUGCCAUACCCUGCGGGACGACCUGUGUCCGCUGGCCAUGCUGGUGGGCACAUUGGAGAACAGGCAGCUGACCCUGGACCUGCAGAUGGAGAACAAAGGCAGUGUUGUCUCCGUCGGAGAGCUGACGAUUUUCCUGGACGGGCCUGCUGUUGAUCUGGGAAGGCUGCCUAAUGGCAGCGCCGGGACAGAGGGUGAGUGCCUGGCGGUGAGUGCGCGGCUAGGCAGGCGUGGGGCUGAGCGUGGAGCUGGGGUCCUGGUGCCAGGAGCUGCCUCUGCUCCCAGGUGAGGCUCCGGCCCCUGCCCGCCCCAGGCUGGGUCCCAGGUGCCUGGACGAGACCCCAGCAGUGUGGCUGCAGCCACGGAGAGCAGACACCAGCCUCCCAGUACAAACUGCUUUGGAAGCAGACCAAGGACACACCGACAUGCAGCUGGAGUGGCCAGGCAGAACACAGGGAGUGGAGAGCAAAGUCCCAGUGCCAGGAGCCGGCACUGGCAGCAGGCCAAGGGCGCGCAGCACAACGGCACAGGUGAGCCACCAUUGAAUGGAGAUGCAGCGGGUUCUGCGGACACGGACGAGGAGGCUCCGGCAGCGGGAGCGGCCGUACCGACGCCGGUGGCACCGAGCGUAGCUGACGGCUCCGUGGCUCCUGCCCCUCCUGCCCUGCCCAGCUCUGGAGAGGCAGAGGAGGCAGCUCCUGGCUCCAGUGCCCCGGCGGCGCGAGCAGCAGUGCUGGCCCUGGAUGCUCUGCCCCCCGGGUGGGAACAGCGAGAGCUGCCUAAUGGUAGAGUCUACUAUGUAGACCACAACAACAAGACCACCACAUGGGAGAGACCUCUUCCUCCAGGGUGGGAGAAGCGUGUGGAUCCUCGAGGCAGGUAUUACUACGUGGACCACAACACCCGGACCACCACGUGGCAGCGCCCCACGGCCGAGUACGUCAGGAACUACGAGCAGUGGCAGUCCCAGCGAAACCAGCUCCAAGGGGCCAUGCAGCAGUUCAGCCAAAGAUUCCUGUACCAGUCAUCCGGCGCCCCGUCCGACAAUGAUCCUCUGGGUCCCCUUCCUCCCGGCUGGGAGAAGAGACAGGACAAUGGGCGAGUCUAUUACGUGAACCACAACACACGGACCACCCAGUGGGAAGACCCUCGCACGCAGGGGAUGAUCCAGGAGCCGCCGCUGCCGCCCGGCUGGGAGAUGAAGUACACGAACGAGGGCGUGCGCUACUUUGUGGACCACAACACUCGCACCACCACCUUCAAGGACCCACGCCCGGGCUUUGAGUCUGGGAGUAAGCAGGGUGGCUCCCCGGGGGCCUAUGACCGGAGCUUUCGCUGGAAGUACCACCAGUUCCGAUUCCUCUGCCAUUCAAACGCGUUGCCCAGCCAUGUGAAAAUCAGUGUUUCCCGACAGACACUCUUUGAGGACUCCUUCCAGCAGAUCAUGAACAUGAAGCCAUACGACUUGCGCCGCCGCCUGUACAUCAUCAUGCGAGGAGAGGAGGGCCUGGACUACGGCGGCAUCGCCAGGGAGUGGUUCUUCCUCCUGUCCCAUGAGGUGCUGAACCCCAUGUACUGCCUCUUUGAGUACGCCGGCAAGAACAACUACUGCCUGCAGAUCAACCCUGCCUCCUCCAUCAACCCCGACCACCUCACCUACUUCCGCUUCAUCGGCCGCUUCAUCGCCAUGGCUCUCUAUCACGGGAAGUUCAUCGAUACUGGCUUCACGCUGCCCUUCUACAAGCGGAUGCUGAACAAGCGGCCCACGCUGAAGGACCUGGAAUCCAUCGACCCUGAGUUUUACAACUCCAUUGUCUGGACCAAGGAGAACAGCCUGGAAGAGUGUGGCCUGGAGCUGUAUUUUAUUCAGGACAUGGAGAUCCUGGGCAAGGUGACCACCCAUGAGCUGAAGGAGGGUGGUGAGAGCAUCCGGGUGACAGAGGAGAACAAGGAGGAAUACAUCAUGCUGCUGACAGACUGGAGGUUCACACGGGGUGUGGAGGAGCAGACCAAGGCUUUCCUGGACGGCUUCAACGAAGUGGUGCCCCUGGAGUGGCUGCGGUACUUCGAUGAGAAGGAGCUAGAGCUGAUGCUGUGCGGCAUGCAGGAGAUCGACAUGAACGACUGGCAGAAGAACACCAUCUACAGGCACUACACCAAGAACAGCAAACAGAUCCAGUGGUUCUGGCAGGUGGUUAAAGAGAUGGACAACGAGAAGAGGAUCCGGCUGUUGCAGUUUGUGACGGGGACCUGUCGCCUGCCCGUUGGGGGCUUCGCUGAGCUCAUCGGCAGCAACGGGCCCCAGAAAUUCUGCAUCGAUAAAGUUGGCAAAGAGACGUGGCUGCCUCGGAGCCAUACAUGCUUUAACCGUCUGGAUCUCCCUCCCUACAAGAGCUACGAACAGCUGAAGGAGAAGCUGCUUUAUGCCAUUGAGGAGACGGAAGGAUUUGGACAGGAGUGA